GUUCGCAAGACGUUCUUGGAAAAGGUGGCAGACAUACGACAGAUCAACACGGGUUAUCGUUAUGAAGGAACGUGGGUCGCCGCAAACUUGAAGAUCAGACUGCCGACACCAGACACCCAUCCCGACUUUCCAGCGUGGAAACUGGGUCUCACACCACAAGAGGUCUACGAUCUGUUCUGGCCGAAAGGAUGGCAUUUCUGCAGUCCACCCGGAAAACCCACCGCAACCGGACGGUUCGGGCCAUACGAGGAGAGGAUGUGGCGCCACGAGUUCCGACAGGAUGAUUGGAAUGCUGAGACCAUGGAUGCUGAAGCGUUGUUCUGGGAGCAUCUGACUCCUAUGAUAACUCGAACCGAGAGCGGUGAUGGGAAAUCCUUCGAACGGCCCGCGGUAUACCCGCAGGAUUGCAUCGAGAUCCUGCGCUGUCGACCCUUCACAUUUACACACAAGAUUGUCAACCGCUGGUAUCAUCGCAAGACUGUGCUGAUUGGAGACGCUGCUCAUGUCUUCCCACCGUUCGGUGGUCAGGGAAUUGCAAGCGGAAUUCGAGACGCACAUCAGCUGGCAUGGCGUAUUGCUCUGAUUGAGAAAGCGGCGGGCACAAUAGAGCUGCCGUCCGAUACAAUACUCGAAGCCUGGGCUAAAGAACGCACUCAGAGCGUCAAGGACGCGGCCUUUUUAACUAAGAUGAACGGCAGCUUGUGCAACGACGCAAACCCUUUGGUGUUCACAAUUGUGUCCUGGGUCGAAUGGGCCAUCAGAUUUGUGUUUCCAGCCUUCGAAAGUUACGAUCCGCAGGCAGACAGCGAACGCAAAGGCAUGCGAGGACUCGCUGGAGGAUUUUUCCUCUCCAAGUACGGCGGCGGGCUGAGGCUUCCCCAGGUGUACGUGGACACACUGCUAAAGGGCACGGUGCUUUCGGACGAUAUGUUCUUGUCCGCUCCCUCUCCAAUGCAGGUCCUUGUCCUCGUCAGAGGCAACCACCCUCCGACCUACGGACGCCGCACAAUCAAGGACUUGCUUGCAAAACAUGGGAUACCUCAUGGUGUCAUCUCGCCCGAUGCAACGUCUAUACUCAGCUUGAAUUCGGAACAGCGCCCUGAAAGUAUCGGGUCAUACGCAGAGCGAAGUGUGCGCAAAGCUUCAUUGACUCCGCUCAAGCGUCUGAGCAAGAGACAAGCAAGAACCGGAUACAGCAUCGACGUUUUUGACUCCCGUCUCGGGGCUGGGACCAAGUACGUAGUCGUGCGGCCAGACUUUUACAUCUUCGCGACCGCUCGCAACGAUAAGGAACUGGAUCUGUGCUUGCAGGGACUU